AUGCCGCGGAUUAUGAUCAAAGGGGGUGUUUGGAGAAACACCGAGGAUGAAAUCCUCAAAGCUGCGGUUAUGAAAUAUGGCAAAAACCAGUGGUCCAGAAUAGCAUCUCUUCUCCAUCGCAAAUCAGCAAAACAGUGCAAAGCUCGUUGGUUUGAGUGGCUGGACCCGAGUAUCAAGAAAACAGAAUGGAGCAGGGAGGAAGACGAAAAACUCCUCCAUCUUGCCAAACUCAUGCCAACCCAGUGGCGCACAAUUUCGCCCAUCAUAGGAAGGACCGCUGCUCAAUGUCUGGAGCGCUACGAGUAUCUCUUGGACCAGGCUCAAAAGAAAGAGGAAGGAGAAGACAUGGUGGACGACCCUCGGAAGCUGAAACCGGGAGAAAUCGAUCCGAAUCCGGAAACCAAACCGGCUCGUCCGGAUCCAAAAGACAUGGACGAGGAUGAGCUUGAAAUGUUGUCUGAAGCCCGAGCAAGGUUGGCAAACACACAAGGCAAAAAAGCCAAGCGUAAAGCUCGAGAGAAGCAGUUGGAAGAAGCCAGACGAUUGGCAGCAGUGCAAAAGCGAAGGGAGUUGCGGGCUGCAGGAAUUGAUCUCGCUCCUCGACACAAACGCAAACGAGGAGUCGACUACAAUGCAGAGAUUCCCUUUGAAAUGCGCCCUGCUGCAGGUUUUUACGACACAUCCAAUGAAGUCAUCGAUCCUUUGGCUCCUGAUUUUUCUCGACUGCGUCAGCAAGAUCUGGACGGAGAGCAGCGCAGUGAGCGUGAAGAGCGAGAAAGGAAGCGGGACAAACAGAAGCUCAAAGAACGCAAAGAAAAUGAUGUACCAUACGGCAUGUUACAAAAUCAAGAGCCAAUUCGCAAGAGGAGUAAACUUGUAUUACCAGAGCCUCAAAUUUCAGAUCAAGAGCUCCAACAGGUUGUCAAGUUGGGAAGGGCGAGUGAAGUUGCAAGGGAGGCAGUUGCGGAAGGUGGCAACACUGUUUCUGAUUCACUUCUGGAGGAUUACUCGCUGACGCCAGCGACAAUACGGGGCUCCCAGACCCCACUGCGAACACCACUUACCUCCGCACCAGCGAGUGACAGGGUGCUUCAGGAAGCGCAGAAUAUUCUAUCUUUAACAAACACACCACAGAGCAUGCGAGGGAAAGGCCAAUACGCCACUCCCACUCCAGUCAGAGACAAAUUGAACAUCAAUCCAGAAGAGACAUUCGAGACUCAGGUGAAAGAACAGUUGAAAGCCAGUUUGAGCACACUACCAGCACCUUUAAAUGACUAUGAAAUCGUUGUACCAGAGGACGAAGAAAGCGGAGAGACCCCAGCGGAAAAUGAAGAAAACGUUGAAGAUCAAGCAGACAUUGAUGCCAAAGCCUUGGCCACCAUGCAAUUACAAAGAGAGCUAGAGCUAAAAAGUAGAUCUCAAGUAAUACAAAGGAGUCUUCCAAGACCGCCGGACGUCAAUAUUGUUCUGAGACCUCAAAAUGUUGAACCUCCCCUAACGGACCUACAGAAGGCAGAAGAACUGAUAAAACGAGAGAUGAUUACGAUGCUGCACUAUGAUGCCCUCCAAAACCCUGUUCCAUCUGAAAAGAAACAGUCGAAUGUUGUGUCCCAAGCGCAGCACCUUGCCUAUCUAGAGCAACAUCCGUAUCAACCAGUUCCUCUAGAGGAUAUUGAAGAAGCCAAAAAAUUACUAACUGAAGAAAUGAACGUUGUGAAACAAGGAAUGGGACAUGGAGAUUUAUCAAUCGAUGCAUUCUCACAAGUCUGGGAAGAGUGUCUUAGUCAGGUCUUGUAUCUGCCGAAUCAAGGGCGGUACACGAGAGCAAAUUUAGCAAGUAAGAAAGACAGGUUAGAAUCCCUUGAGAAGCGGCUAGAACAGAAUCGGAAUCACAUGACAAAAGAAGCUAGGCGGGCGUCAAAAAUGGAGAAAAAGCUUAAAAUUCUACUUGGAGGAUAUCAGACAAGAGCCUCAGCUUUAAUGAAGCAAAUCCACGACUUGAACGAAGAAGCUGAGCGAGCCCGCAUUGAAUUAUCAACUUUCAAGUUCCUGCUCAAGCAAGAAGCUGCAGCAAUCCCACGUAGAUUAGAGUCUCUGACAGAGGAUGUAAAUCGACAGCAGCAAAGAGAAAAAUCUCUUCAGGCUAAGUAUGGAGAGCUGCAGGCAAUCAUCGAGGACAUCAAACAGAAACAAAAAGCCUAAACUUCACAACCGACGAAUUCUUAUUCAAAUGUAAUAUUGUAGAGCACGACCUGUAAAAAUUAUUGUAAAUAUGUACAAUAGCCUUCCAAAGAAUCAUUUGCAUUUCAUCAAUAAAUCAUAAGUUUGUUUCUAGCAAA